UCCGAUAGUCGAACGUUGGCCGCGCGCGUGUUAUGUCUUUCGCAACUCAGUUCUAAUUUCAAAUUUAUUGCUACAGAUAAUAAAUUAAAAAAAGUAUGAUAUCUGACAGGUGUUUUAAAUUAAAACUAGUGUAAUAUGUAUUUCGUUUUAAAGAUAUGAUCCUAAGAAAUUAGUAACUAAUAAUAAUGGUUUAAAUUUAAAAAUAUAAAGGUAUUGUUUUUUUAAAAUUAAUUAUGACUGGAAUCCAAAUCUUGCCAAUAGUUUCUAAAAGGAGGUAGAAGCUAAAUAAAUUUGUUUCACUUUAAAUAGAUUAGUUAAUUAAUGUAAUAAAAUAGAUUAGUAAAUAACUAAUUAAUAAAUGUGAGUUAUUUGCGAGUGAAAUCCUAUAAAUACGACUUUUAAUUUAAUUUUUUUUUGUUGUACUUACCAACAAGUAAAGCAAAGUCAAACAAUAUCAUUAUGUUUAGAUAAAAAAAAAUCGCCAUUGUACAAAGAUAUACGUGGAAAGAUGGACGGUAUUCACCAAGUGACUGCACUCGUCACAAUAUUCCUCCAUUUAUUGGGACCACUCGUCAGCGCUUUUGAACCGCAACCACAGAUAGGGUACCCAGCCGGGCUUAUACCAGAAUGUCCAGGAGUGACGAAGAACGCGAGCAUCACCCCGGUGACAAUGAAGAUGCUGCAAAUAAUCGUACACCGGCGGACUGACCAAGGCCAGGUGCUCAGGAAAGAGUUCCCGAUACCUACGGCGCAUAGGAACAUCGUAAAGGAGAAAAACAUUGAUUUCAAAAACAAGAAGACUGUUCUCUAUGCAGUUGGCUUUCUGGAUAGUUCCGUGUUCCCGCAAAGCCAAGCUGUCGGUACAGCUUACUCGAAGAGAGGUUACAAUGUGCUCAUUACUGAAACCUUUGACUUCCUUACGUAUAUUUAUCCCAAAUCAGUUCGCCUAACAAGAUAUAUUGGUAAGAAAAUAGGUGAGUUUCUAGUUAAACUGAUGGAUUACGGACUCAAACUAGAAGACUUAGAACUAGUUGGUGCAAGCCUUGGAGCUCACGUUGCAAGUCACGCGGCUAAAUAUAUCUACGCAGCAACAGGACAGAAACCUUCCAGAAUAACUGGCUUAGAUCCAGCAGGACCUUGCUAUAGAUCUUUACCACCUAACGAAAGACUUGAUAUAUCAGAUGCAGAUAAAGUGGACGUAGUACACACAAAUAUUGAUGGAUUCGGUAUAGCAGAACCUUUAGGACAUAUAGAUUUUUAUGUUAACGGUGGAGAAUUCCAACCAAGUGAUAUACCGUAUGUACCUUGUCUAGUUAUAUGUAGUCACAUACGUGCAAUUAUAUACUGGUGGCAAGCUAUCGAACAUCCAAAGAAGUUUAUAGGCGUUGAAUGUGAUAGCGUACAAAAUGCUAGAUUCGCUAAAUGUUAUAACAAUACUAAGCGUAAUUAUCUAGGCUCGGCAGCUGAUUUCAGCAAACCGGGUAUAUACUAUCUGCAAACGCAUAACGAGUUUCCGUAUUUUAGAGGAAAGAAUGGUUUAAAGGAAGAAAAUGAGAUAUAUUUGUCUGUUAUUAGGAAAAUCAAUGCGGAUGAUGUUUUUCAGGUAUAAGAUAACAAAUUAGCCUAAAAUGGACUUUAUUAUGAACUUUACUAUGAAAGUACUACUGUGAGUGUGAGAUUUGUUAUAGUAGGUAAUACAUUAUAAAGACAAUCAAGUUUAUAUUACUUACAAGUUAUCUAAUAGUUCAAGUGAUUUAGAAGAAAAGGUGUCAUUUAUAGAUUUAUGUAUGAUGACAGUUUUUUUAAUUGUUUAUAAAUUAAUAGUAGGUAAGCUAAUAAUAAAGCAAUUUUGUAGACGUAAAAAUAUAUGCGACCAUUACUUGCGGAGUGGCAGGGAUUUAAAGGGUCAAUUUUGCGGCGAUGCUACGGAUCACUAAUAAACGCUCCAUACUACAAGUAAAUGUCACUCAAGAAUGACGUCAUCGCUUAGUGAUAUCGUAAGAUUUCUAUGGACGUUCCAACAAAAUUACAAAUAUCUUUGUUAUUAAUUGUGCGUUUAUGUUUAUACUUAAGGUAAUGAAAAGUGAUACAUUGAAUGCAAGGAAUCCUAAAAUGAAUGAACUUUUAUCUAAUUACGAUAAAAUAUUUUUGAUAGUUUAUAACCUUGUUUAUUUUACAAACAUCCAGUCAAUCUUUGUUUUUUAUGUAUGAAUGCCUUCAAACGGACUUUGGUCUGCGAAGAGCACCUUCUUACUCGUAUAUAAUGCAGAAUCAUUUCAGGAACUUGAGUCGAUAAAAAUGAAAUUUCGGAUUUCAGGUUAGGUCCUAAAUAUAAACAAGUAGGUACCUAAUAGAAAAAUUUAACCUGUAUAAAAUAUAUCUAGUCCUUAUAGUUAAUAUGUAAGUUAGUUUAGUAAUUGUAGUAGUUCUUUGUAACACAGGCUUCCGGAGAAGUACUUACUAACCACCAUAAUAUGUAUUUCUACCAUCAAGGAGUAUUGUUGUAUUCGCGUCUAAAGAGUGUGGUUUUUGGUGUAAUAGAAAUACUUAAUGACAGUUUUUUAAAUCUAUACCACAGAAAACAUAUUUACAAGUAUAUACUAAUAUUAGGUAUAAAGCUGAAGAGUUUGUUUGUUUGUUUUGUUGAACGCGCUAAUCUCAGGAACUACUGGGCUGAUUUCAAAAAUUCUUUCAGUGUUAGAUAGCCCAUUUAUCAAGGAAGGAUAUAGGCUAUAUAUUAUUCCCGUAUUCUUACGGGAACGGGAACCACGCGAGUGAAACCGUGCGGCGUCAGUUAGUUGUAUAUAAAUUAAGGGUAAGCAUUUAAAGCAUUUUUGUAUAAGUAACAGGGUAUCUGUGAUCAUUACUUUCGGGGCUAAAGGGUCACAUUUGCGGCGUUGCCACGAAUCAAACAUACAAAAUGGCACGAAUGAAUGACGUCAUAUGUCAUAGUGAUCGUUGGAUUUGCAUGGGCGUUCAAACAAAAUUCUCAAUAUAUUCGUUAUUUGUGCGUUUAUGUAAUGAAAAGGAAGCUAAAAAUGUAUGAGUUUCCAUCUAAUUACAAUAAAGGAUUUUUAUUAGAUUUGAAAUUUUAUAAUCUUAUUUAUUGUACAGAAAUCCAGACAAUCUUUGUCUGGAUUUUUGAUGUACUAAUUACUUAAUAUUAACCUUAUAUCCUCGAAUGUCAUAAAUAAUUCAAUAUAUUAAAACCUAGCCAUCAUCCCCAUUACAGGCAUAAGAGGCUUACAACCUGUACCUCCGACUAGAGCAUGUGAGGGAAUGGCGACCCCUUACUAGAAAACGCAGUGUUAUGUUAGUUUUAUGUCGCUACAUGCAUAAUAAUUUCUUAAUUUCAUUAAUAAUCUCAGACCAAUUAUAGAAGGACCUGUAUCGCACUCAUAGUCACGAACAAAAUUGUCUGUCAUUUUCUGAGGAAAACGAGCUUAGAUUUGGUAUAUAUCUGAUACUAAACUAGAAAUUUUUGCCCGUUUUUUACACAAUUCAAUUACACAAAAAGGUAUUUUUACGGAGCGCUUUAACCGACGAACACGAUUACAACUAUUUUACAUCGAUUAGAUAGAGACAGUUUUUAUAAUCGCAUUAGAUCGUUGAUCAUAUACUUUGACAGAAACGUAACGUCAAGCGAGGCAGGUCCUAUAAAAUAAUUGGUCUGAGAUAAUACAUGGGUAAUUCUUGGUGUUACCUAUACGAUGUACAUACCUGCCUAAUGUAUAAUUUAACUAUUAAAAUAUGCAUACAUUGAAAUAAAUUAACUACAUCUAUAAGAUUAAAAUAAAUUAAAACUAUAAUACUUA